CUAACUUGUACUGAAGAGCAACGUUUCCUCGAAGAAACGAAAGCAAGGUGAGCUGUUGGGGCGCGGACAAUCUCGAGACAGGUGUUGUGGAUUGUUACAUUGAUUGAAAAGCACAAUGGAGUCCUUUCCAGGCUGUUGUCCACAUCAAAGUAUCCCUGUUGAGACCGAUGAGUCCAUGACCUUGUCCUCUCUCAAUCUGGUGUGGCCAGCAUGCUCCCAGUGUCAGUCGCACAACCCUGACCUGAGUGAGAUGCCCAGAGCUGGUAGAUGCAUCCCAGACUGUGAUGUAAGCAGACUUGAUUACCGAGAAGUAUGCUGUGGGGUUCGUCCCAAAGAUUUAAUGGUCAGUUCAGUCACCAAACUGUCCCUAAGUGAUUCACGACACACAGAGAACUCUGCAGGCCUGCCCAGUCUAUACCUUCCUCGGGGUUCAGGAAGAGACCCUCAGAAACUAGACGCAGAAUAUCUGAGCGAAGAUUUCUUAAGUCUGAACCUUAAAAAUCGCUGCAUUUCCCCUGUCCCACAUUCACACCUCCAAAACCCUGUGAGUGAAGAUGAAGAGAGUCUGGAAAAACCUAGUUCUCUUCGCUCUGACGGAGGGCAGAAUUUGUACAGACAUUCUCCACCAAAACAGCCGGGAUACUACGGUCUGCCUGUUAAUGGUCAGUACACACCAGAGGUUUUUUACCACGAGCAGUGUAUGCCUGAGCAGCCUGCAAAUUAUCCACAACCUAACCAUCUAAUGUACCAUCAGCCCCUACCUGAGCAUGUGAGGUACCAUGCUCGGAACAGACGUGCGGCUCCUGUGAGGGGCCCUCAUAUCACACCCCGUCAGAGCACGGCCCCUGUGAGAGAGCUAAUGUCAGAGGUGUGUGUCCACUCAUACCAACCAGCUGCUGCGGGCCAACCCCAAGCACUGACACGCACCAUCAGUCUGCCUGAUGACUGUAGAGAUGUUUUUAUAACAUACUCUGUGGACACUGCAGCAGAGUUGAUGCCCUUCGUGAGUUUUUUGAUAAAUCAAGGAUUCAGACCGGCUAUUGAUAUAUUUGAGGACGGAGUUAGACAAAUGGACAUCAACAAAUGGAUGGACAGUUUUCUAAAAAAUAAGUCAGUGCUGAUCAUCGUAGUUAUCAGUCCAAAGUAUAAGAUAGAUGUUGAAGGAGAUGGAUCUGAUCAACAUGGACUACACACCAAGUACAUACACAAACAGAUGCAAAAUGAAUUCAUUCAGCAGAGAUGUCUGAACUUCAGACUGGUGCCAGUGAUGUUUCCCAAUGCUAACGAGAGUCAUGUUCCGCUGUGGUUGCAGAGCACUCGUCGGUACCGGUGGCCUGAAGAUGCUAAAGACCUGUUACUGCGUUUACUUAGAGAAGAGAAAUACAUCAUCCCUCCAAUGGGCAAAGAGCUUACACUCACCAUCAAACCCCUAUAAUGGUGAAGCUCACAAAAAAAAGAAAAAAAACAUGUCCAGGUCAUCCCAAAAUCAAAAAUAAGAAAAAAGAAUAUACAUUUUGUUUAAAGAAAUAGUUCACCCAAAAAUGAUAAUUCUUUUAGAAUUUACUCGUGCAGUCUUACGCCGUUUCAAAUUCGUAUGACUUUCUUUCUUCUGCGGAACACAAAGAAAGAUAUUUUGAUGUGGAGAUAGGAUGUGAAUAUAUCCACACAAUGUAAGUCAAUGGGGUCCAUCAUUUUAAGCUCAAAAAUGGGCAUAAAGGUAAUCCAUAGGACUCAAGGGACAUCUGCAGCCUCUUUGGUGUGAUGAUGAUUUGAAGCUCGAUUACACUUCAGCUGUACACAUGCUCUCUCCAUGAGCUUCAAGUCAUGAUUGCACCAAAGAGACUGCAGAUGUCAAGAUUUAUAGUGAACAAGGAGGUUGGGUCAUUUUGGUCCGUUCUCAUCCAAAACCGAUUGUAUUGCUUCAGAAGACGCGGAUUAAAUCACUUGAGUCGGAUGGAUUACCUUUUUGCUGCCUUUAUGUCCUUUUUGGAGCUUGAAAAUGUUAGACACCAUUUAAUUAUAUAUAUAUUUACAUUACAUUUACAUUUAUUCAUUUGGCAGAUGCUUUUAUCCAAAGCGACUUACAAAAGAGGAAAACAUAUAUAUGUACAGUACUGUGCAAAAGUUUUAGGCACUUGUGAAAAACUUUCAAAGUGAGGAUUUCUUAAAAAAAUUAUGACACAAAUAGUUUUCAUUUAUCACUUAAUGUUAUACAAAGUCCAGUAAACAGAAAAAGAGCUAAAUCAAUAUUUUGUGUGAACACUUUUUUUGUCUUCAAAACAGCACCAAUUCUCCUACUUACACCUGGACACAGUUUUUCUUGGUUGUUGGCAGAUAGGAUGUUCCAAGUUUCUUGGAGAAUUGGCCACAGUUCUUGUAUCUAUUUAGGCUGUCUCCAUUGCUUCUGUAUCUUUAUGUAAUCUCAGACUGACUCAAUGUUCAGUGGGGGGGCUCUGUGAGGGCCAUGCCAUCUGUUGCAGGGCUCCCUGUUUUUCUAUUCUAAUCUAUUUGCAAAAGGAAUGUUUGGGAGUAUAAAAUGUAUAUUUCCUAUUGACACUAAAGUAGCAGAUAUAAAUAACCAUCUUAAGACAAACGUCUUUGUGAAACAUCUUAGACUUUUGCAGAGUACUAUAUACACUACCGUUCAAAAGUUUGGGGUCAGUUGCCUGAAAUGUUUCUCAUGAUCUUAAAAGUCUUUUGAUCUGAAGGCAUAUGCUUAAAUGUUUGAAAUUAGUUUUGUAGACAAAAAUAUAAUUGUGCCAACAUAUUUAUUUAAUUACAAAAUGAAAAUUUUAUAAAAAAUAAAAAAAAAAGGUUUUUGAAAUGGAUGACUUGGGCUGAAUAAUUAAGAAAAGCAGCCACUAAGUGCCCAACAUAGAUGGGAACUCCUUCAAUACUGUUUAAAAAGCAUCCCAGGGUGAUACCUCAAGAAGUUGGUUGAGAAAAUGUCAAGAGUACAUGUCUGCAAAUUAUAUAUAUAUAUAUAUAAAGAAUGAGUGUUUCAAAACUUUUGACCGGUAGUGUAUAUGGAUAUAUUGUCAUCAUACAUCUAUGAAAAUAUCUUUGUUUGUGUUCCGUAGAAGAAAGAAUGUCAUUCCAGUUUUAGACGGCAAAUGAUAAAUGAGAGAAUAGUCAUUUAUGGGUGUUUUAGGACCAUUAAGUUUUUUUGCGCUGUGACAUUUAUUUUCAUGACAAUCAAGCACAUUUUCAGUGUAAUCCAAAGAUUCACAUUACUGAAAUGCAUCCGGAUAUUUUACUUUGAAAUUGUUUUCGUAAUUCCCAUUAUUCUUAACUGUAUUAGAUGAAACAGUUACAGUAAUACAGUGACUUUUUUUCUCAUUUAAAUCAGCAUAAAUUAAAGGCAGUACAAAUAUUGCCAUGAUGUAUAAAUACUUCAAAAUUUAAAAAAUGCAACAUUUUUUUAUUCUAAUUAGUGUCAUGUCAAAAAAUAAAAUAUCACAGUAAAGAGAA